AUGGCAGAGCGCAAGGAGGCGCGCGGCCUGCGGCGGCAGCGGCGGCAGAGCGACGCGAGCGAGGCCCCGGCCGCCAACUACACGCGCCUCUCUGAGGGCCUGCGCCGCGUCACGCCCACCGCCAUCCAGUGCUCCGUCUUCUGCGGCGGCCGCCACUGCAAGUACGAGAACCCCAACUCGCUCAACGCGCUCCACAUGGCCGUCGAUGGGCUCUACUCUCAUUGGGUGACGGACGACAUUCUCGCUUGUGCCCGUCCCAGCACGUACCUCAUCACGCAGAAGAACCUCAUACAACAGUUUCAGAGCCUGGGCAUCAAGUCGAUCAUAAACCUGCAGCAGCCGGGAGAGCAUGCCAGCUGCGGCCCGCCGCUGGAGGACUCUGGCUUCACGUACCAGCCCACUGCCUUCAUGGAGAGCAACAUUUACUUCUACAACUUCGCCUGGCGAGACUACGGUGAAGCGACAACCACUCACCUGUUGGACAUGGUCAAAGUCAUGGCCUUCGCCUUAGAGGAGGGCAAGGUAGCCAUUCAUUGUCAUGCUGGGCUCGGGAGGACGGGCGUUCUGAUCGCUUGUUACCUGGUGUUCAGCCUGAGAGUCCGAGCCAACGACGCAAUCAGAUAUGUCAGGCUGAAGAGGCCCAAUUCUGUCCAGACGAGUGGCCAGAUCACAUGUGUUCAGGAGUUCGAACAAUUUGUCUUCCCUCAUAGUACAGUAUUCUGUAAUAAGGAUCUGCUCAAAGAUGGAAAAUGCCACGAUUUUAAUCUCAAACAGUAUCUAGCUCGCCAAAAUAUCUUGCUACACGGGUAUGAAGCGAGGAUGUUUCGCCAUUUGCCGAAAAUUGUGUUCGUGAUAUGUGAGCGCCUGCUACAGUUGUGCAGCUGCCAAAAUUAUUUCACUAAAUCUUCCGCCCAAGACGAGAGCAAAGUUCCUCUCACAAAGACAUUUUUUGUAUCUAGGAUCAAUUCAGAAAGCAGACUGAGUUUCAAGAAAUCAAAAUCAUCAUCAACUGAGGGUGAAGAUUCGUCGUCAGCAAGUAUGAUUCACUCAUCUGCUUCUACAAGAAGUUUGUGCACAGAAAUGGAUGGAAAUCAUAGUUCUGAAGGUGAAACAUCACAACAUGUUUCAAUUGACAUAUCACCUAGUUCUUCAAGAUGCACCGAAGUAGAUGAAAGUUAUCUGAUGUCUGCUCUAAAUGAAGAAGUCAUUGGACAGAUUGCUGAUGGGGAUAUGUCUUUAGAUGAGUCAGCACAAACCAAUGAGUUUAGCAAAACAGAAAAGAAUUACUGCACAGAUGAUAUUAUACAAGCUUUGCUGGCUGACCAUCAGAUGUUGGACGAAGUUGCCAAGAAAUCUAUCUACCAAUUAAGAAUAGAACUGAACUACAAAUGUUCAGUUUGGAACAGUCUAAGAUUAGAGAAAAAUAUUUAUGUAUUAACUGGAUUACUUUAUGAUUGGCUGGAGCUGCUGAAAACCCCUGCUUUGAACUGUGAUAGCUUAAGCUACAUAGUUAUCUUUGGAAACAACCCAGAAAAGUGUCUAAAAAAAUUAGAUAAGGCUGUGCAGUAUUUAUUGGAAUACUUGCUAAGGUUUAUCCGGAGAUUACAGCCCAUAACUAAGAAUUCAGAACAGGAAUUAAUCAAGAGAUUUAUGUCCUCACUGACUCAACAAAGCAUAGAAAUCUGUGGUGUUCUGCAACCUACAGGUAAAGGAUUUAACAGACUUCGUACUGGAACACGUAAGGUGCUCUUUGAGUUUAUGAUUAAUUUUCUCAACCUAAUAAGUGAUACAUGAUAGAUAUCGAAUUAUGUUAAUGAACU